GGCACAAACGCGCAAUACGGUGUGUGUGUGUGUGUGUGUGUGUGUGUGUGUGUGUGUGUGUGUGUGUGUGUGUGUGUGUGUGAAGUGUGUGUGUGUGUGAAGUGUGUGUGUGAGUGUGUGUGUGUGUGUGUGUGUGUGUGUGUGUGUGUGUGUGUGUGUGUGUGUGUGCUGGGGGGGGUCACGUCACAAUCCUCGUCUGUUCUCCCGCCGGGUUGCGUAGUGCUGCACAACAGCUCGCAGUCGGUCAGCCCCGAGCAAAGAGCUGCGCCGCCGCUGCGAUAGGGGUCCCUAAUCGACUUCUUGGAAGUGACUGAUGUGCACUAGUGGGUGUGGGACCGCUGCGGGCUGAGCUGUCGACCCGUAGGCAAUAAAAGGGCCAUGGUGCACCAUGGGGAGAUUGUGGUGCAGCGUGAAGUCGAGGCUGUCAAGGUGUGGCUCCAGACUGACGCGACGCAGAUUGACGCGGCGCCUCCUGACAAGGGCACCGCGCCAUGCCGCCUGAAGAUCCACCACCACGGUGGGGAAGUUGGCUGCCAGGCUGCGUGCGUCCUGGGACAGCACACACGACUUGCUGACGCUGGCAAUCGCGACGAGGUUGACAAUUGAUCGGAAACGCUCGCAUAUCUCGUGCAUGACGUCAUCUGGGAGGUUCUCGAACAUCGUCAUCAGCAGCCGCGCUCGAGCGUGGUGACAGCAGCGGCGCGCGUGUUGUUCACCCGAGUCGUGGGCGGCUAGCCGUCCGCCUUCG